CCCUGUACAAGCAUCCUGUCCACUGCCAUCUGUAUACUCCACAUCCCUCACAAUGAGACUUCACUGGGUGCUAUCCCUGUUGCCUGCUGUCUACAGCAUCUUUGCUGGGCCACUCAGACCCAACACCGCUAAGAAUCUCGUCGAAACCUUUGACCAUUAUCCUGCGAACUCCACGACAUCCAAACUUCUCAUCGGAAGAAACUCCACUGGCGACACCUGCAAAUCAGAGCCAACGUCACGAUACCUCAACUCUGUCACAGAAAAGUUUGCCGUCAAUGGAACUGGAAUCCCAGAAAUCGAUUUCGAUGUAGGCGAGUCAUACGCGGGCCUUUUGCCAAUCAGCAACAAGACCGAUGAAAAAGACAAGAUGUUCUUCUGGUUCUUCCCAACUGUCAAUGAAGAGCACAAGGAUGAUAAGGAAAUCGUCAUCUGGCUCACCGGCGGUCCCGGCUGCUCGUCUCUCGUCGCCUUGCUCCAGGAAAACGGGCCUUUUUCCUGGCAACCUGGAACCUUGAAGCCGAAGCGCAAUCCAUGGAGCUGGCACCUUCUCACAAACGUCGUCUGGAUCGAGCAACCCAUCGGCACGGGCUUUUCCGAGGGCGAACCUAGCAUCACCAAUGAGGACGAACUAGCGGCCCAAUUCAUGGGUUUCUGGCGCAACUUUGUCGACGUUUUUGGCUUGCAUGGCUGGCGUGUCUACAUCGCCGCGGAGUCGUAUGGCGGCUACUAUGGUCCAUACAUCUCAAGCCACUUCAUUGAUGCCAACGACACGGAUCAUUACAACCUGGCAGGCCUGAUAAUUUACGACGGAGCCAUAGCUACUGACACUGUCCAUUACUAUCUCCCGAUUCUGCCCUACAUCUCUCGCCACGCAUCUGAGUUUGCUCUUGAUGACAAUACGUUGUUUCAUGUCCGCCAAAUCUCCGACGAGUGUGGUUUCACCGAAUUUUAUGACAGGUAUCUUACGUUUCCUCCAUCAGGCACGCAGCCCAUCAUUGAUCCUGUAACGGGCAUGUUGCCCAACGUCACGUCCAUCACAGCUGAGACUUGUGGCGACACGUUGGCAGAGAUCGUCCAGAACGGGAUUCUCAUGACAAACCCCUGUUUCAAUACUUAUAAUAUUCUCGACCAUUGUCCUACGGUAUAUAGCCCUAUCUUCGAUGACCCCUAUUUCAACCGUACCGACGUCAAAAAGGCCAUACAUGUUCCCGCUUCGACCCCUUGGCGAUGGUGCCGUGAACGUGAAUACGUCUUCAAAUUUAACGAUAGCUCUCUGCCAUCAGGCCAGAAGCAACUCCCACGAGUCAUUGAAACAACCCAAAAUGUUAUCUUCGCCCAUGGAGAUGCUGACUGGGUCAUUCCCAUGGACGGUGUCCUCUUGGGCAUCCAAAACAUGACAUGGGGCGGGAAAAUGGGCUUUCAGUGCAAACCAAAAGACCCUUUUUAUGUUCCCCUUUACGGCUUCGACCCCUUUAGCAAUCAGACCGUGUAUUACGCUAGUGACAUGCUAGCCGGGACGGGGGUUAUGGGGACAGUGCAUGAGGAGCGAGGAUUCACUUUUGUAGUGACCAAGUUGGCAGGACACCAAGGGCCGGGAUAUGCUCCGGCUGCCUCGAUUCGACAUUUGGAGAAGCUGUUGGGGAGGGUCGACAGCAUGAGUUGCACGGAGCCGUUUACGUUGCCGGAGCUGAGGAACAUUACGCAGCUUGAGGAGCCUCUCGGGAUGGGGACUGUGCACAUCCCGGAAGGCAGGGGGCCGACAAAGCCGUUGGAGGGUUAG